AUUGCCCCAAUGGAUUUUGAGUAUCUUGAUUCGGAUUCAAGUAUUGAGGUACGGCGUCCUAGAAAACGUAGCCGGAGGAUUUCGUUAAGUGAUGAUAGCGAAAAUGAACAGUGCGGCAGUUGUAUAAAUCAAGAGUACGUGUGGAAAGCCGAAAAUCAUACUCCCAUUAUACAUGGGUUUUUAAGUGCGGGUGGUGCAACCGUAAAUACACGAGGUUUGUCGAGAAGGGAGGUUUUUGAACUGUUUUUUAACUUGGAGUUAAUUACAAAAAUAAUUACGGAAACAAAUAAAUAUGGCGCAAGCGACGCAGAGUUUAUACCUCUUGAAGACGACGAAUUAAAAGUAUUUAUUGCUUUAAAUAUUUUAAUGAGUCUAGUUUCUAAGCCCACGAUUCAAAGCUAUUGGACUACUGAUAAAAGUAUAGAAACUCCGUAUUUUAAGAAUAUCAUGAGCCGUAACCGAUUUAUUUCUAUCUCCAAAAAUUUACACUUUUUCAGUACAAAUAAUCUUAAUGACGCACUGAUAAAAAUUCGAGAAGUUACUCAAAUAGUAAAAAAAACUUUCAUUCGCAUGUAUGUCCCAAAUAAAAACAUUUCCAUUGAUGAAUCACUAAUGUCAUGUAGAAGUCGUUUGCAUUAUAUACAAUUUAUUCGAACAAAACGUGCGAGAUUUGGUGUCAAGUUUUAUAAACUCUGUGAUUCAGAAUCGCGAUACAUACACAAUUUCAAUAUAUAUAUAUUAAAAGAUAAAACUGAUACAGGAUCUGCUAGCAGAAAUGUUGUAAUCAAUUUGUUGAAAGAGAGUCAAUUAUUGCAUAAGGGGUAUUGCUUAUUCAUUGAUAAUUGGUACAGUUCACCAACAUUAUACCGAGAAUUAUAUAAUAUGAAAACAAAUAUAUGUGGAACAGCGCGAAUAAAUAGGAAAGGAAUGCCUCCGGAAUUAAAAUCAUACAAAUUACAAAAGGGAGAAGCUGUUAUAUUUUGUACAAAAGAGAUAGCGGCGAUAAAGUGA